AGAACGCGGGGACCGCGCGCACGGACGACCCCGAGCCAGCAGGUGGACGGAGCUGCCGGGUACCCAGCGCCGUUGCGUGCCGCGAAGGGCUCGCCCCAGCGCGUCCAGACAACUCUGAGCCGGCGGGAUGGAGGCCCCCGGGCUCCUGUGGCUGCUGCUGCUGUUGCCGCUGGUGGCCGCGCCGGCCUCCGGGACGGGCCCGCGACCGGGGGGCUCCUCCGCCGCGGGGCCACCGCUGCAGCCCCGAGAGCCGCUCAGCUACUCGCGCCUGCAGAGGAAGAGCCUGGCGGUGGACUUCGUGGUGCCCUCGCUUUUCCGCGUCUACGCCCGCGACCUGCUGCUGCCGCCGCCGGGGGCCUCGGAGUCGCAGGCCGGCCGGCCGGAGGCGCGCGGCUCGCUGGCUCUGGACUGCGCCCCUCUGCUCCGGCUACUGGGGCCGCCCCCCGCGCCCCCCGGAGAGGCCAGCGCCACCGCGGCCGCCCCGGCGCGGACGCUGUCCAGGGUGCUGAAGGGCGGGUCGAUUCGCAAGCUCCGGCGCGCCAAGCAGCUGGUGCUGGAGCUGGGCGAGGAGGCGAUCCUGGAGGGCUGCGCCGGGCCGCCGGAGGAGGCUGCGGCGGGGCUGCUCCGGUUCAACCUCAGCGAGCUGUUCAGCUGGUGGGUGCACCGCGGCGAAGGGCGCCUGCGGAUCCGCCUGAUGCCCGAGAAGAAGGCGUCGGAAGGGGGCCGGGAGGGAAGGCUGUCGGCCGCGAUCCGCGCCUCGCAGCCCCGCCUUCUCUUCCAGAUCUUCGGGACCGGUCACAGCUCCUUGGAGUCUCCGACCAGCACACCUUUGCUGCCUCCUGAUGCUUUCACGUGGAAUCUGACCUGGAUAAUGAAAGAUUCCUUCCCUUUCCUGUCUCAUCGCAGCCGAUACGGGCUGGAGUGCAGCUUUGAUUUCCCCUGUGAGCUGGAGUACUCCCCACCCCUGCAUGAACUUGGCAAUCGGAGUUGGUCCUGGCGCCGGGUGCCCUCCGAGGAGGCCUCUCAGAUGGACCUGCUGGACGGGCCGGAGGCCGAACACUCCAAGGACAUGCCCAGAGGUUCCUUCCUCCUUCUCAACACCUCCGCCAACUCCAAGCACACCAUCCUGAGCCCCUGGAUGAGGAGCAGCAGUGAGCACUGCAAACUGGCCGUCUCGGUGCACAGACACUUGCAGCCCUCGGGGAGGUACGUCGCCCAGCUACUGCCCCACAACGAGGCUGGAAGAGAGAUCCUCCUGGUCCCCACGCCAGGGAAGCAUGGUUGGACAGUGCUGCAGGGAAGAAUCGGGCGCCCAGAGAACCCGUUUCGAGUGGCUCUGGAAUACAUCUCAAGUGGAAACCGCAGCUUGUCGGCAGUGGACUUCUUUGCCCUGAAGAACUGCAGUGAAGGAAGCAGCCCGGGCUCCAAGAUGGCCUUACAGAGCUCCUUCACCUGCUGGAACGGGACAGUCCUCCAGCUCGGCAGGGUCUGCGACUUCCACCGAGACUGUGCCCAGGGAGAAGACGAAAGCCAGCUGUGCCCGACACUCCCAAUAGGAUUUUACUGCCACUUUGAAAACGGCUUCUGUGGCUGGACCCAAGGCCCACUCCUGCCCCCCACCCCGCAGUGGCAGGUCAGGACCCUGAAGGAUGCCUGGUUCCAGAACCACCCAGGCCAUGCCCUGUCCCUCAGCAUCACGGAUGCCCCCACUGCUGACAGUGCUGCGGUGACCAGCGCGACCUUCCCUGCACCCAUGAAGAACUCCCCGUGUGAGCUCCGAAUGUCUUGGCUCAUCCGGGGAGUCUUGCGGGGAAAUGUCUCCCUGGUGCUGGUGGAGAACAAAACCGGGAAGGAGCAGAGCAGGACCGUGUGGCACGUCGCCACCAAUGAAGGCCUGAGCCUCUGGCAGUGGACGGUGCUGCCUCUACUCGAUGUGGCAGACAGGUUCUGGCUACAGAUUGUCGCCUGGUGGGGACAAGGAUCCAGAGCCACCGUGGCCUUUGACAACAUCUCCAUCAGCCUGGACUGCUACCUCACUGUCAGCGGAGAGGACAAGGAGCCCCCGAACACGGAACCCAAAUCAAGAAAUCUGUUUGAGAGAAACUCCCAGAAGGAGCCCAAGCAGGGGGAGAGUUCACAGAGGGAGAGCGUUGCCUUCGACCCUACAGUACACUGGCUGUUCACCACGUGCGGGGCCAGCGGACCCCACGGCCCCACACAGGCCCAGUGCAACAAUGCCUACCGGAACUCCAACCUGAGCGUGCUGGUGGGGAGCGAGGGGCCCCUGAAGGGCAUCCAGACCUGGAAGGUGCCGGCCACCGACACCUACAGCAUCUCUGGCUACGGCGCAGCCGGCGGCCGGGGCGGGAGGAGCCCCAUGAUGCGAUCCCACGGCGUGUCGGUGCUGGGCAUCUUCCACCUGGAGAAGGACGACACGCUCUACAUCCUGGUGGGCCAGCAGGGCGAGGACGCCUGCCCCAGCAGCAACCGAUUAAUCCAGAAAGUCUGCAUUGGCGAGAACAAUGUGAUCGAGGAAGAAAUGCGAGUGAACAGAAGCGUGCACGAGUGGGCAGGAGGGGGCGGAGGAGGGGGCGGAGCCACCUACGUGUUUAAGAUGAAGGACGGGACGCCCGUGCCCCUGAUCAUCGCGGCCGGUGGUGGCGGACGGGCCUACGGGGCCAAGAAAUACACCUUCCACCCCGAGAGGCUGGAGAACGACUCCCUGGUGCUCGGGCUUAACGGCUUCUCCGGAGCCGCAGGUGGCGGCGGUGGCUGGAGUGACAACACCUCCUUGGUGUGGUCCGGGAAGUCCUUGCUGGAGGGCGCCACCGGAGGACAUUCCUGCCCCCAGGCCAUGAAGAAGUGGGGGUGGGAGACCAGAGGGGGUUUCGGAGGGGGUGGCGGGGGGUGCUCCUCCGGUGGAGGAGGCGGAGGAUACAUAGGUGGCAACGCGGCAGCCAGCAACGACCCCGAGAUGGAUGGGGAGGAUGGGGUGUCCUUCAUCAGCCCGCUGGGCACCCUCUACACCCCUCCUCUGAAAGUAAUGGAGGGUCACGGGGAAGUGAACAUCAAGCAUUACCUCAACUGCAGCCACUGCGAGGUGGACGAGUGCUACAUGGACCCCGAGAGCCACCACGUCAUCUGUUUCUGUGACCACGGGACCACGCUGGCCGAGGACGGGGUCUCCUGCGUGGUGUCCCCCACCCGGGAACCCCACCUGCCGCUCUCGCUCAUCCUCUCCGUCGUAACCUCUGCUCUCGUGGCUGCCCUCGUGCUGGCCUUCUCUGGCAUCAUGAUCGUGUACCGCCGGAAGCACCAGGAGCUGCAGGCCAUGCAGCUGGAGCUGCAGAGCCCCGAGUACAAGCUGAGCAAGCUCCGCACCUCCACCAUCAUGACCGACUACAACCCCAACUACUGCUUCGCCGGCAAGACCUCCUCCAUCAGCGACCUCAAGGAGGUGCCCCGGAAGCACAUCACCCUCAUCCGAGGCCUGGGCCACGGCGCCUUCGGGGAGGUGUACGAAGGCCAGGUGUCGGCCGUGCCCGGCGACCCCAGCCCCCUGCAGGUGGCUGUCAAGACGCUGCCGGAGGUGUGUUCAGAACAGGACGAGCUGGAUUUCCUCAUGGAAGCCCUGAUCAUCAGCAAAUUCAACCACCAGAACAUCGUCCGCUGCAUCGGGGUCAGCCUGCAGGCCCUGCCUCGGUUUAUCCUGCUGGAGCUCAUGGCGGGAGGAGACCUCAAGUCCUUCCUCCGGGAGACUCGUCCUCGCCCGAACCAGCCGUCCUCCCUGGUCAUGCUCGACCUCCUGCACGUGGCUCGCGACAUCGCCUGCGGCUGUCAGUAUUUAGAGGAAAAUCAUUUCAUCCAUCGGGACAUCGCUGCCAGGAACUGCCUCUUGACCUGUCCGGGCCCAGGCAGAGUGGCCAAGAUUGGGGACUUCGGGAUGGCCCGUGACAUCUACAGGGCCAGCUACUACCGCAAGGGAGGCUGCGCCAUGCUGCCGGUCAAAUGGAUGCCCCCCGAGGCCUUCAUGGAGGGAAUAUUCACCUCCAAAACAGAUACGUGGUCCUUUGGAGUCCUGCUGUGGGAAAUAUUCUCCCUCGGGUAUAUGCCAUACCCCAGCAAAAGCAACCAAGAAGUUCUAGAGUUUGUCACCAGUGGAGGACGGAUGGACCCGCCAAAGAACUGCCCUGGACCAGUAUACCGGAUAAUGACCCAGUGCUGGCAACACCAGCCUGAAGACAGACCUAACUUUGCCAUCAUUUUGGAGAGGAUUGAAUAUUGCACUCAGGACCCAGACGUCAUUAACACUGCUUUGCCCAUAGAAUAUGGGCCACUCCUGGAGGAGGAAGAGAAGGUGCCCAUGAGGCCCAAAGACCCCGAGGGGAUGCCCCCUCUCCUAGUGUCCCCUCCUCAAACGAAGCGGGAGGAAGGGCAGGAGCCUGCUGCGCUGGCCCCGCUGCCGUCCACCUCCUCUGCCAAGGCCCCGAGGAAGCCGCCAGCUGCAGAGCUCUCGGUUCGCGUGGCGAGGGGACCCGCUGGAGAAGGGGGACACGUGAACAUGGCCUUCUCUCAGUCCAACCCACCCUCAGAGCUGCACAAAGUCCAGGGAUCCAGAAACAAACCCACCAGCCUAUGGAACCCGACGUACGGCUCCUGGUUUGCAGAGAAGCCCGCCAAAAAGAACAGUGUUCCCACCAAGAAGGAACCGCACAGCAGAGGGGACUUGGCCCGCGAGGGGAGCUGUACUGUCCCACCCCCACCGAAUGUGGCUCCCGGCCGACUGCCAGGCACCUCCCUGCUCCUAGAACCUUCUUCGCUGACGGCCAACAUGAAGGAAGUGCCUCUCUUCCGGCUGCGUCACUUCCCCUGUGGCACCGUCAACUACGGCUACCAGCAGCAGGGCUUGCCUCUGGAGGCCACCGCUGCCCCCGCGACGAGUCAUUAUGAGGACCCCGUGCUGAAGACCCAGCCUGGGCCCUGAGUCCGGGGCAAGCCUGGGCCCACGGAGGAGGGACAAGGAAUGACUCCUCUGCCAGAGACCAAAUGUCACUUUUCGUUUUGUGCCAACUUGUUUUGAAGUGCCACAUAGAGCAUGGUGUUUGCCACACGCUCUAGGAAGGUUUGGAGGGGGGCUCCUGCCAGUCUGUUUGGGAGAGGUAAGCAUUGUAAAGGUGGGUGGGCUCAAGGCCAGCCCCUGGGGCUGUGUGGGUGCCGUGCUUGCCCGGCGGACCCUCCCUCUUGCUGCUUGCCCAUGUGGGGAGCCUCUGUCCUUCAGAGCCAGAGCUCCCAACGUGUCCUUACCUGUCACUGGGGGCGGGAAUAGACAGGAUGCCGUGCUUUGGACCGGCUGGCCUAGGGAAAGCCAGUGAGCACUUGGAAAAGUCAGAGGCAGCUCAGCGAAACGCCACCUUGAAGAUGUGGGGAUGCUUCUUCUAGCCGUGCUGCUGGGACCGAUGCAAAUGGGGCCGGGGGUGCUGGGGAAAGGCGUGCCUGCUCCUCUGAGGGGGGCACGGACAUCAGCGUGCUUGAGUUUCAAACCCCAGUCCAGAUCCGGAGAUGCAGAUGUCCUAUCUCUAUACCUCAUGCCUUAAGAAAACCCUCUCCUAAACCCAAACAAAAGUGUGAGGUCUCUCCCCCUGGAUUGGAAAACUCAAGAGUCAAGGGAUCACUUCUUUUAAAAGUGAAGGAAGCAGAUAGUUUAAAAACCAGAGAGGUUAAAGUGGCAGCCAUAUAUCAGAGAUCAUGGGUACACAGAAGUAUACCCAUGCCUGGGUCCAGUGUCUCUGUCUUAGGGCAAAACCUUCUAGCAAUCUCUAUCAGGCAAGCUUCCAAACUGAAUUUUCAGCUGAUAAACAGGUAAAGCUGUCCAAGGCAGUAAGGACUCCUUGCUGAAGCAUUCACCCGAGCUUCCCCCUGUCCCCUAAUCAUGUGAUACAAGUGUGCAUGGGAACCCAAGUCUGCCAAAGUUAUCCGAGGCAUUGUUUAUACAGCUGGACAGUGGUGAGUCAAGGACCCAAGGAGCCCUGGGGUGCAGAUGGUAUCACGGGCACAUGAUCAUGGGAGUUUGGAACUUGGUUUUCAUAGAGGAACUUUGUUCCCACAACAACCGAUUGGGAAUCUAUCCCAUCGUACACACCUAUUUAAGUGGUACGGCUUUACUCUAUCAGUAAGUUUUCCCUUCAUUCUCUCUGCUUCUCCAUUCUCAUGGCCAGUUUCUUUCCUGGUGGUAGUUGUGCCAAAGCAUCACUUUGAGAGGGAAAAAAAAAGCAUUUUUUAUUGCUUGCUAGUCACAAGAAAAGGCACUGUAUAUAGACAUAGACCAACUCCUUGUGGUUGCACCUAUACAAAACAUUUCACUUUGGAUGUGGGAAAGGCGUGUCUUUUUCAAAGUUAAUACUAUACCAACGUUCAUCUCUCCUGAGGCAGAUGCCUCGCCCUCACUGCUAGUUCAGCACAUCUGUAGAAGCACUGAUAUCCUGCACACUAUCCCUUAGCUUAACUGCCAAAAAUAUUUUCAUCAGAUGAAGAUGAAAUAGCAAUGAACUCAUCUCUAGAUAACUAUCUGUAAAGUGUUGACUCACAUCAGGCACAGAACAGUCUGAUGCUAUAGCAUUAAUCUAAGUCUUAUGCCACCUGAAGGGGCCCCAGCAUCUCACACUGCCCUAAAAAAUCACAAUGAAGGUUCCAUUCUACACUCGAAUCAGCAUUUUCUUAUGUGUUUGUUACACUAGUGACCAACCCAAUAGAUGCUUCAGCAUCUGGCUCCUUAUAGUGAUUAAGGGGGCAAAUAUAUCCCUUGUGUCUCCUUAAGCACUACAAACCAUUACAUUCUCAGGUUGUGCCUUACUACCAGAGAUUGAUUUGUUGGUUCUAAUUGUCUUAUUCACUAUUAGUUUUCAUGUAAAUGAUAGUUGAGUCAUAAAGCCUGUGUAUAUGGAUAAUAAACAACUCCACACCCAGAUAUGAUGACCUCAAGAUGUUUCAUUGAACCCGCAUUGAACCCGCUGUCAGCCCUAGGUAUCAGCAUAACAUUAAUCUGGACCUUUGUCCCCUCAGUGUUGCUCCAGCCAUAGGCCUCCAAGAAUCCAUAUAGAAGUAUAGACUCAAAUAACUAGGAUAGAAACUUCCACCUAUAACAUGAACAAGCACAAUUAAAGUUUGCUGAAGAUGUUAAGUAAACCAGAAACUGGCAUAAUUGUUUACAUUUGAUAACCAUUAAGAAACCCAUCAAAGCCCCCCAGCCAUUCCAUUAGGAAAUUGGCAAUUUGUGAGAAAUGAUCGGUUUAAUGGGUGGUAGAAAGCAAAUAGAAGUAGCAGUAGUAGCAGGAGUGAAUUUUAUUUCAAGUAUCACGAUCUCCUCAGACAUGGAAAGUUAGGAUGUCUUCCAUGAGCACGGGCCUGAGUCCCAGCUUUCCCUGGGAUGUAGACCUGUCUGCACCUUCCUGUCCCCACUGAGAACACUAACUUCCCUUCUCUGUGCUCACGGGGAGAAUACUUGAGAAGGAAUGAGCACUCUUGUUGAAUGGCCUCUAGCCUCUUGAAUUAUUCUGUAGAUGGGGUCGGAAGGAGUCAGGUACAGUGUGUGUGUGUGUGUGUGUGUGUGUGUGUGUAUGUGUGUGUAUGCCUCCCACCCACAGUCCACCCACUUGCCUCUUCUAUGGUGCCCUUCUUCCAUCACUCUGAUAGCCACAAGUCUCCUAAUAGAACUAAAUCCUUUCAGCUCAAAAGAAGACUAAGAAAUUCUCUCCUAGUUAGAACUGUGUUGAAAAUAAGCAGUAUCAAAACACAAAGAAUCUAUUUUUUAUGAUUUGCCUUUUACUUGAUGGCCCCGACAUACAGUCGGUGGUAAAGCUCUAGCUGUAAGUUAUCAUGCAACUAUCACUGUCACUGUCAUCACUGUCAUCCCGUUGCUCAUCAAUUUGCUUGAGCGGGCACAGUAACAUCUCCAUUGUGAGACUUGUUGGUACUGUUUUUGGCAUAUCGAAUAUACCAUGGCUAGCUUGCCAGGCUCUCCCAUGAAGGCAAGAUACUCUCUGUAGCUUGCCAGUCUCUCUGAGAGGGGCGGAGGAAUUGAACCCGGGUCUGCCACAUGCAAGACAAAUGCCCUACCCACUGUGCUAUUGCUCCAGCCCAUCAUGCAACUAUACAUUAACUAUUUCAUAAAUAUGAGGUCUUCCUAUCUAAAUUCACAGGACCACCAAGACAUUCUAAAGGAUUAGACCAUCAAAAUGGAUAAUAGCAGGACUGAAAUUUCUGAAUUUAGCAGAUAUGAAAUACAUGAAUUCAUGCUACUUUGAAUAACACUCAGACCACUCUUGCGUGGCAACAUUCAGAAAACCCUACGUAGGCGGGUUGUUAAUCUAUCUUUACUGGUGACACGGAUCCCUUAACUUUGCAAAUUUCCUUGCAGGAAAAGUUUCCCAGUGUUAUGUGAACACACACAAUACAAAUCAGCAUUCCCAAAAUCCCUGACACGGUGCCUAAGGUAGAAAACAGUCUCCAAGAACAAACAGCAAGGCUUCUUGAAGACUGAUCUUCACGUGGCACCUGAGUAGGUUUACACCUUUAUCACGCACUGUUCAAGUACAAAGCUAUUUCCAUAUAUCUAUCCCCCUUUAAAUCUCUGAAAAGCUCAAGGCCAGACUAUCAUAUGUUGUAUGUUGGGAGUGAGGAGCACAUAACUUAAAUCUAUGUGGGACUAAAGAUUUUUCGCUCUUCAGUACUCAGAAAAUGAGAUGCAAAGGUGAAACUUUCUUCCAUAGAGGUGACCCCAACAGGCACAUUCAAAAAAUCUCAAGUACCAAAGUGUCUGCAGUGACAAUCCAUGUUGAUUCUUAACACUGAGAAGUUAACACCCCAAUCAACCUGCUAAGGCCACAGGCUCUCUGACUGCACUGUAGAACUGUUGUCCCGUUGUUCAUUGAUUUGCUCAGGCAGGCACCAGUAACAUCUCCAUCGUGAGAAUUACUGUUACUCUUUUUGGCAUAUCAAAUACGCCAUGGGUAGUUUGUCAGGUUCUGCUGUGCAGGCGGGAUACUCUCGGUAGCUUGCUGGGCUCUCCGAGAGGGACAGAGGAAUCGAACCCGGGUCGGCUGCAUGCAAGGCAAACGCCCUACCCACUUUGCUACUGCUCUAGUCCUCUCUGACUGCAGUUACUCAUAAAUAUUUAUUUCAUCAUCACUAAUAUGCUCCUUCAGUAGGUGAGUUUCAGAGGGUUAGUCACUGAAAUUCUCAUUAAAUUUAUUGAACUCUUAUUAACCAUCUGGCUAAAUCUUAACAUCACAUGCCUUAAUUGGCAUAUUAAAACUCCCUACAAUGUAUCUUUUGCAGAGAGGUUACUUUCCCACCUAAAACAUAUCGGAUCAAUGAAACUUCCUAUGAUUCUAUGUUGAAUAUUUUCAUGAUAACCAGGGUCUCCAGAAAUAGCAAACCAUUUGGACAGCAGUUGAGCGUCAGGUAUCAGGACUACAAUGAUCUAAGGUCCCUACCAACUCUGAGUCUGAGUCUGUAAGACUUCACCUUUAUAGAAAUUCUAACAACAGGUCCACAACUGGCAGGACAUUGUAUGUGCGUGCGCGCGCGCGCGCGUGUGUGUGUGUGUGUGUGUGUGUGUGUGUGUGUGUGUGUGUGUGAGAGAGAGAGAGAGAGAGAGAGAGACAGAGCAUGCAUGCAACAUACACUCUGCUUCCAUUCAUUUAGAAACCAAAACAGUCCAUUCAAUGCACAAUUCCGAUGAGCAGUGUAAUCUUUAUAAUGUUGUACACCAGAAAGACGUUUAGCAUCAGCUGUUUAUUCUAUUCAAGGAUCUCUUUAACAAACUCCAAAACCAUUAACAUAGCAAUAGGGGGUUAAUCAGGAGGCCUUCCUGGAAACAGCAGCACUCCAGGACUCUGGGAAGCAUGUUUGUUUAAUGACCUGCCGCCCACAAGGUCACAGGGCUGAUUCCUCUUCUGUGGGGUCGGCUAUUCAGCAGCCCUAUUCCCUUAGUACAAUAGAAGUGACUUUGGAAGGGUCUCUCUACACAUACCCCAAACAUUCUGGACCUGGUAUGAAUAAGGUAUCGAUUAGUUUCUCUUGGCUCAUUCCCCCAAAGGAGCCUCAGAACAAGCCACAGGUCUGAGCCAGGUGGUGUCUUGGGGUUCAACAUUCCUAAAUAAGGAUCUUGCUGCGCACUGUGAGGGAUUCAUCAUGAAAGUCCUCGCUCCCCUGACCGCAAGCUCUUAUAGAAGCCUUCUUGCUUAGGUUUUCAGAGAUUUUCACCUGAGGGGCAAUUUUUGUAACGACUGUAGCUUUGUAGCACAUCUGAAAACCAGAGAUCCCAACAAAAGAGUCAGUUCAAACCUCCCUCUCCCAAAGCAAAAACUUUUGGCUAGAUUUUUGGUUUUGUUUGGGGGUCACAAUUGGAGGAGCUCAGGGCUCUGAGCUCAGGGAUCCCUCUUGGCAGGAGCUUGGGGAAUGAUACACGAUGUCAGGGAUCGAACCCCAGUCAACUGCAUGCAAAGGCACAUACCCACUGUAUUCUCUCUCCAGCCCAAGUUUUCUAUCUUUUAGUGUAUCUGAUAGUUGAGAGAAGAACAAUUUGCCUUUUCUUUGGGAGGGCGCCAUUUGAAAGUAAUAUUUAUAUAGUAUUUCAUAGUUCUUGGGAGAAAGUCAUAGUAAAGACAUAAUUUUGUGUGUGGUGGGUGAGGGUACAGGGAGUGAAGGCAUUUAAGAUCACAUAUUUCUGGAGUCCCUAAGUCUCCCUUCCCUCAAGGAACAGAAAGGCCAUAUGAGAAAAAUCACAGUACUUUUAAUUGAUAAUGAGUAAUCUCUUAGAAUUCUUAUUAGGAACUUAUUUUUAUUGGCAGAUUCAAUAAAGAAAGGAACUAAUUUGUAUUUUACUUUCCUGCUCUCUUACUGUCUGUCAUGGAAAAUCUACUUUUUCCUGAAAUCAAUAGGGGCCUUUCUAUGAUUGCUAAAAUUCGUUUAAAAAUCCACCUUGGGAUAUGUUUUCAAAGCUGUUGGACAGCUAACACCUAUCCUUCCUAACAAGAAGUGUCAUGGACAGCCACUAUCAUUAACACUGUUGACUGAGAUUUAAGCUGAAUCUCACGUCAUAUUAGACAAAGAAUAAAAAGAAUGGCUUGAAGCAGUGCGUAUAAUGUUAACUCGAGUCACUUCCAUGUCAGUCUGAUUUGAUUUGCUAUGUGAACAAAUAAUUAGUUUAGUCUUCAGGAAGAUAAGUCUGUCUUGAGUGAAGGCAAAAUGAAUUCUAUUAGACUGGAGUUGCAAGAAUUUUACCUCUAGCAGCCCGACAGAGGUUAAGCACGUAGCCCCUGAGCAGUCAGGCAGUUUGGAAAUGCUUACAAUUCAAAUUCAGCACCGUACAGAGAGUUUUCAGAAGCUCCUUAUUUAAUUUCCCUUACCCAGCUCCAACUCUGAUUAAGAUCUGAUCCAGAAGUCAAAUUUCACUGGUCUUCGUACAGGGGUGCGCAUGUGUGAGUACUCCAAUUUCUUUUUCUUUUUGGAUCAUACCUGGCGAUGCAUAGGAGUUACUCCUGGCUUUGCACUCAGGAACUACUACUGGUGAUGCUCGGGGGAACCGUAUGGGAUGCUGGGAAUUGAACCUGGUUUGGCUGCGUGCCGUAUACCCACUGUGUUAUUGCUCCAGUGCCCUCUCCGCCCCCCCCCCCCCGCCCCCAUUUCUUUACGAGCAGAAAAGUCAUGUGGCUUUGGAUCAUUUAGGAUUUUAGAAGCCACCUUAGGGCAGGUUUAUAAGUGUUUUUAAAUGACACCAGUGACCAUUGGGAACAGGUUAAUAUCUUAAUGCUACUAGCCUGAAUUUAAACACCUGAAAUGUCUUCACUAACAUAAUUCAGAACUCCUUGGCGCCCCCUGCAGUGCCAUCCAUCAUGCAUGCCCCCUCUAUUUUCUGAACUGUAGAGUGAAUGGCUGGAAUGUGUUGCCACUUUAUCACAAAAAUUCCAUUCAUGAUAAGAUACUCUAAUAAGAGACUGGAAACAGAGGAACUUUCAUUCUACCAAACAAUGAAAAUAGUAUCAGUAAUAUGUUUCUGUUGAAUUCCUCCACCUAUACUUCUCUUUCCCUCCCAUUCAAAGCAGCAUUAGCAAAAAACUUGGUAGGAUUUUUUGCAAAGGUGUCAUAUUCUGCUUGUAACAAAACCUUAACAUGUCUUAUUUGACCUGUUGAGUCUCCACACAAGCUUCAUGAGGAAUGUCAAUUGUGUUUUUGAGCAGCUUCUGUGACAUUGUUUGUAAAUAAGGGCCCAUGUACCAGAGAUAUUAUUCUACAAUGACUAAAAUAUAUGUGAUCAUGUGAGUUUUGUAUUAACUGCUGUAUUUGUAUUAUAAGUGUAGUGAAGCAAAGGGCAUGAAGAAAAAUAAAAAGAAUCAAUUCCUA